CUGACGAGCGACGCGGAGCUGCGGUCGCGCUACGAGUCGGCCUUCGGCACGCUCCGCGUGGGCCGGCUCUUGGAGGACAUGGACGCGCUCGCGGGGUCCGUCGCGUUCUUGCACGUCGACGACGGCGACGCCGCGACGGACCCGCCGAUCCUCGUGACGGCGUCCAUGGAGAAGAUGGAGCUCGUCGACGAGCGCCUGAGCCUGGACGAGGACUACGCGCUCGUCGGGCAGCUCGCCUGGGCGGGGCGGAGCUCGCUGGAGAUCUACGCGGAGCUGCGAAGGGCGGACGGCGCGGCGGCGCUGCGCGCCGUCUUCACGUUCGUCGCGCGCAAGGCCGACGGCUCGGGCGCCGCGACCGUGCCGGCGCUCGUGCCGGAGACGGCCGACGAGCGCGCGCGGCACGCCGCGGCGGCGGCGAAGCAGGCGGCGCGCAAGGCGCGGCGCGCGGCCGCGGCGCGGGCCCCCGACGACGACGACGGCGCGGCCGUCGACGCGCUGCUCGGGCCCGGCCGCGUCGCCCGCGACUUCCCGGGCCAGGCCGACGACGGCUGCGUGCCCAUGGCGUCGACGUCGCUGCGCAACGCGCUCAUGUGCCACCCGCAGGAGCGGAACACCGCCGGCCGCGUCUUCGGCGGCGUGCUCAUGCGGCGCGCGCUGGAGCUGGCCUUCGCGACGGCGUUCUCCUACGGCGGGGCCGCGCCGCUGACCAAGGCCCUGGACCGCGUCGACUUCGUCCGGCCCGUCGACGUCGGGAGCCUGCUCGCGCUCAAGUCGCACGUCGUCUUCGCGGAGGGGACGACGAUGCACGUCGACGUGUCCGCCGCCGUCUGGAGGCCGGACAAGCGCGAGUCGACGCUCACGAACACGUUCAGCUUCGUCUUCACCGUCGACGGCCCGCGGCCCCUGAAGAGGGUCCUGCCGUCGACGCGGGCCGAGGCGCGGCUCCAGCUC